AUGGGUCACCAAUUCAUGCUCAUGUCUGUCGAAAUCCCAAAAACACAGAAAGCAAUUGUAGUUGACUACGCUGGUGCUCCACUAGAGUACAGAGAGAUUCCUGUUCCUAAAAUCAAACCCAACGAAAUUUUGGUCAACAUCAAGUAUUCUGGUGUUUGCCACAGUGACUACCAUGCAUGGAAAAAUGAUUGGCAAGAAGAUUUUAUAAAGUAUCCACUUGUCCUUGGCCAUGAAGGUGCUGGUGUUGUUGUGGCAAUGGGCGAGAAUGUUCGUGGAUGGGAAAUCGGCGACUAUGCUGGAGUGAAGUUGCUCAAUUCCACUUGUUUGACAUGUAACUACUGUCAACAGGGGAAAGAAACAGCAUGUAAACUCCAAAGAAUGAACGGUGUAACUGAGGAUGGAACCUUUCAACAAUAUUGUUCCACUGACGCCAUCCAAGCGGCAAAAUUGCCACUGGAUAUCGAUUUGAAAUCAGUGGGACCAAUAUUGUGUGCGGGAAUUACUGUUUACACGGGUUUGAAAGCUUCAGAGGCUAAGCCAGGGCAGUGGGUGGUUAUUUCUGGUGCUGGAGGUGGUUUGGGCUCUUUAGCUGUUCAAUAUGCCAGGUGUUUAGGAUUGCGAGUCAUUGGAAUUGAUGGCGAUCAAGCAAAGGCACAAUUUGUUAAAGACUUGGGAGCUGAAAUGUAUAUUGACUUUACACAAGUGAAAGAUAUCGCUAAAGAGGUUAUGGAAAUUACUAAUGGUGGGGCUCAAGCGGCAUUGAAUGUGACCAGCUCGGAAGCAGCUAUCCAACAAAGUGUUUCGUUUGUGAAACCAUAUGGAACAGUUAUGCUCAUUGGAUUGCCACCACAAGCUAAACUUCACAUUGAUGUCAUGAGUACUGUACUCAAUCAAGUAACAGUUCGCGGUUCGUAUGUGGGAACUAGGUGGGACACCACUGAAGCUGUGGAUUUUUUUGCUAGAGGCUUGAUCAAAUGCCCUAUCAAAGUUGUGGGAAUGACAGAAGUGGGAAAAGUAUUUAAAGAGAUGUCAGAAGGAAAGAUUUUAGGUAGAUAUGUUCUUGAUAUGUCAAAAUGA